AUGAUGUAUCUAGUGUCCGUGUUCCCGGACAAGGUGGACUCCUUUAAAGCUGUCAAUUGCAUCAGCUCGGCCUGCGUGCCGUUGUCCAAGUACAUCUUUAUGUGGACUUCAAGGAACCGCCUCACGACAAUAAUGAAAAUGAGCCACGAGGGUCUCGGAGUGCUUCCAGUAGGAAGUCCAGCUCGGGCUCGCAUGCUGCAGACUCUCCACAAAGCACAAGGCGUCUCCUGGCUGGUGAUACUCAAUCAGGCUAUCAUACACAUCGUUUACUUGCUAUUACCGCUCUUCUUAACUGUUUUUAUGAACGAGAGAUAUCUGCCAACAACUCCUGGGGAACCUUAUGGCCUUAUUCCUAAAUACGAAACCCCGUACUACGAAGCCACGUUCGUAAUAACGUGUGCUGCUACCACGUUUUCUGCCAUCAACCAGACUGGCUACAUAGUCCUCUUCGUUACGCUGGUCGCCCACGAACUUGGACAUUUCUACGUCAUCACCGAGACUUUUAACGAAAUCUACAAACUUUCUAGUGCUACAAGAGAAAACGAUGAUUCGAGAAAAGAAAUAGACGAAAAGCUAACGUUCUGCAUCAAACAUCAUAAAUUCCUUAUCAAGUACCACCGGAAAAUUAGUGAGCUUUAUCAAGCUAUACUCGGAGCUCAAUUUCUCAUGAUGAUAAUCGUAUUAGUCACAACGCUACAGACGAUGUGCUAA